AUGGCCAUCAGAAGAACUGCUAGCACAAUUGUGGUGCUUGUUUUGUGUUUAGCUCUGGUCUCUUGCGAGGCUUUCGGUGGUGGUGGUCGUGGUCAUGGUCGUGUUGCCGGUCCUCGCCGUCCCGCUGGUCCUCGUCUCCCUGCCGGCGUUGGCGUUGAGAAGGCUUUCAUUCAGACAUGGACUGCUGCAUGUAAUUACAAUGGGAGAGUUAGGAUUGUUGUUCCUCUUGGGGUCUACAAACUUUCUGAAACCGUAUUCCAAGGGCCAUGCAAAUGCCAAGCCCCCAUAACAUUUCAAGUUAUGGGAACCCUAAAAGCAGUAGCAGAUGUCUCAGAAUAUUCCGGUAGUGGAUGGAUCACAUUCGACGGCAUCACCGGCUUGAUUCUCACCGGCGGAGGCACUUUCGAUGGACAAGGUCAGGCUGUGUGGAAAUACAAUGAUUGCAAGGAGAACCCUAACUGCGUCCAUCUCCCAGCUGCUAUUUAUUUCAGCCAAAUGAAAGAUACAAUCAUUAGGGGGAUCAAUUUGGUGAACAGCAUGGGAUUCCACAUGCACAUAACCAACAGCUAUCUCUUCAGGGCAAUCGGACUUCACAUAACUUCUCCGGCCGAUAGCCCGAACACCGACGGCAUGCACAUCAGCAAAUCAAAUUUAGUGAGAAUUGUGAGAAAUGUCAUCAGGACUGGUGAUGAUUGCAUCUCUAUUGGCCAAGGAGCUACCAAUGUUAACAUUACCAAAGUCACCUGCGGACCUGGACAUGGCAUCAGUGUGGGUAGCCUUGGCAAGUUACCAAACGAAAUGGACGUGACAGGGAUCAUUGUUAGAAACUGCACCUUAGUAGGUACAACCAAUGGUCUCAGAAUCAAGACAUAUCCAGCAAAAACUCCAAGCAGAGCUUCAGGAAUUCUUUUCAGCAAUAUUGUCAUGAACAAUGUUCAAAACCCCAUCAUCAUUGACCAGGGUUACCACACCAGAUCCACCAAGCCAUCCCUCAUAAAGAUCAGCGAUGUUAAUUUUGAAAACAUCAGAGGAACAUCAAUGUCAGCAGUUGCAGUAAAUCUAAUGUGCAGUUCGAUUAAUCCUUGUCAAAAUGUUCGAUUUAACAACGUCAAUUUGAAGCAUAGCCGCAACUUGAGGCUCACAUCUACAUGUGUAAAUGCAAGAGUAGGCUACUCCGGUUUUCAAUACCCUCCACCCUGCAGAUAG